AGGUGGGAGGUAAGGAGAAUGAAGGAGGAGUUGAGGUGUUGCCCCGAAAUUAAUUUUCCCCUUCUGUCCGCUGUAAGUAACACAGUGCCACGAGGUCGAUUCGAACAAAUACCUUCAUUAGCAGUGCACCGCUAGGAGAAUUCUCUUCAGCACUCACUAAGAGUCGCUUCCCGAGUUCUCUCAGUACAAAGGGGUAGACAGAUAUUUAUACGGGUAUUGUCACGCACACUUUAAUGAGUCAGGCGCCGGAGUUCUUGGUUGAGCAGGAAACGGACAAAGGGCUACUGCAGAUGGACAAAGAGCAGCCUCACACCACAGGUUCAGCUAAUCGUUUUGCAAUCGGGUGAGACAAAGGCAGGUAUCACCUUCAUUGUUUGAGACAGCCUUCCCAUUUCCUGUUAAGAUUGACCAUCAUCUCCAUAGUCAAGCAUAAUGGGAAUCCAAUUAAGUUCCAGACACAGCAAUUACCACACAGCACCCAGCCCAGGUUUAGUACCAUGCAGCCUCAUGAUGCACUGCACCUCAGUGAAUGGCAGAAGCAUUAUUUCAGUAUAAUAUCCAAUGAUUGCACCCCGGGACAGAAAGCAGAUGCUUAUCGUGGGCAUCUAAUGCAGUUGCAAUAUGCAUGGGCAAAUACUGAUAUCUCGGAGCAAUGUACUGCCAGCAUAUUUAGGAGAUGUACUGAAAAAUAUGCAGCCAUUAUUGACUCGGACAGUGCAGAAAGUGGGUUGAAUAACUAUGCUGACGGUGCUCUGAGCUUAUCAAAGUGUCAGAGAAAUGAAAGUAGUUGGUGGCAGUCGUCUUUGACAACAGACAAUGUUUGCAAAUUAAGAUGUGUGCAGGAGAUGUUUAAGUCUGGCAAUAAAGCUAGGGACCUGCUAGUAUCAGCAGCUGAUGUUUCAACAGUGGUUGGGAAAGCUAAUCACAAAGCAAAUUCAGACCAUCUGAAAAUGGAAAUUAUAUCUUCCAGUGAUACAGAAUCUUCGGUAUCUAACAUUUUUAUUUCACCUGCUGAAAUGCCUUCACGAAAUGUAGGUGGAAAUAAUUUUUCAGACAUUUCAUCCACAGUUACUGCCUUUACAGGUAUGAAAGUGGUGCAAAAUCCAUUAAUGACUAAUCCAGGGAAUGAUGAGAUGAAUGCUUUGGGUUGUUCAAGUACUUCCACAUUAGGAUCUUGUAAAAGUAUCCACGAUGGUCCCCUGCUGAAAUUAAGCAAAGUGACAAGUUGUUCUGGACCUCAGGCAAGUCAGAAAGGCACUGUUUCUGGACAGUGUUUGACCCUUGAUAGCAAUUCGCCCCCUGUGCCUUCUGGUAGUACAUCAAAAAGGAAGUCUUCCUCCUUAUCUGGAGGUGGUUGCAGUGAAUCAUAUAAUGACAUGUCUUAUGGGCAUUUUCAAAACAGAAGUUGGACUCAUACCAAUCAAAAAAGUUUUGACAGCAUGACCAAAAGUAUGAAAAAUGGGUGUGCCACUGAUGAGAGUUGCAUGGUUACUUUUAAAACUGCUAAGGAGCAACUGCAUGUUGAACAACUGAAAAAAUGUGGUAAUCCGCCUCAGCGACUACCUUUGGCAACAGCAGCAACAUACGGUAGCUCAAAGAAAUCACUGGGCACAGUCAGGUCUCGUGGUUUGUUUGGAAAAUUUGUUUCUCCAGUUUCGAAACAGGAUAAUAGUGAUGAAAAUGGUGGAAUGUCUUUGCCUCAUGGAAACAAUUCUUUCGAACCUUCCCUUCCAGUGGAUGCGCGCUUGAAGAACCUUGAGCCAAAGAUGAUUCAGCUAAUUAUGAGUGAGAUCAUGGACCAUGGCCCCCCAGUAAACUGGGAUGAUAUAGCUGGGCUGGAGUUCGCUAAAGCAACAAUUAAGGAGAUAGUUGUUUGGCCAAUGCUUAGACCAGAUAUCUUUACAGGGCUCCGUGGUCCACCCAAGGGAAUCCUUUUAUUUGGCCCCCCUGGAACAGGUAAAACUCUAAUUGGUAAGUGCAUUGCAUGUCAAUCAGGAGCUACUUUCUUCAGUAUCAGUGCUUCGUCGUUGACUUCCAAAUGGGUUGGAGAGGGUGAAAAAAUGGUACGUGCAAUGUUUGCUGUAGCACGCUGCCACCAGCCUGCAGUCAUCUUCAUUGAUGAGAUUGACUCUCUCUUAUCUCAACGAGUUGAUGGAGAGCAUGACUCUUCUCGUAGAAUAAAAACCGAGUUUUUAGUGCAGUUGGAUGGUGCUGCUACCUCAGCAGAUGAUCGCAUUCUUGUGGUGGGAGCCACAAACCGUCCUCAAGAAAUAGAUGAAGCAGCUCGUAGACGUCUGGUCAAAAGACUAUACAUACCUUUGCCUGAAGGAUCAGCAAGGAGGCAUAUAGUAGUGAAGCUGAUGUCUUGUGAAAACUGUUCCUUGAGUCAAGAGGAAUUGGAGCUAAUCAUUGAACAGUCUGAGGGAUUUUCAGGAGCUGACAUGACUCAACUUUGUCGUGAGGCAGCAUUGGGGCCAAUUCGCAGCAUUCAUAUAGCAGACAUCUCCACUAUCACACCAGAACAAGUUCGACCUAUCACAUUCAUAGAUUUUGAAAAUGCUUUUGUAAAUGUUAGGCCAAGUGUCUCUCCGAAAGACCUGGAGCUGUAUGAAGAAUGGAAUAAAACUUUUGGUUGUGGUCGAUGACUAUGGCAAAACUGUUUAGGUCUGUAGGAGCAUUUCUUCAAAGUUGAAAUUCUUCUGUUGAUAUUUGUUUCCCUGUGCAUAUCCAUUAAAUUUUACAAAUUGGA